AUGUGGCGCCCGCCGGCCGCGUCACGCAGUCCGCCCUUCCUUUGCAGGACCAUCACGAUGGCUGCCCAAGGAGAACCCCAAGUCCAGUUUAAACUCGUAUUGGUUGGUGAUGGUGGUACUGGAAAAACUACGUUUGUGAAACGUCAUCUGACUGGUGAAUUUGAGAAGAAGUAUGUAGCCACCUUGGGUGUUGAGGUCCAUCCUCUUGUGUUCCAUACUAACAGAGGACCGAUUAAAUUCAACGUGUGGGAUACAGCUGGUCAGGAAAAAUUUGGAGGACUGAGAGAUGGCUAUUAUAUCCAAGCCCAGUGUGCCAUUAUAAUGUUUGAUGUAACAUCGAGAGUUACUUAUAAGAACGUGCCUAACUGGCAUAGGGAUCUGGUUCGAGUAUGUGAAAACAUCCCCAUUGUGUUGUGUGGCAACAAAGUGGACAUUAAGGACAGGAAAGUUAAGGCAAAAUCCAUUGUCUUCCACCGAAAGAAGAAUCUUCAGUACUAUGACAUUUCUGCCAAAAGUAACUACAACUUUGAAAAGCCCUUCCUUUGGCUUGCUAGAAAACUAAUUGGAGACCCUAACUUGGAGUUUGUUGCCAUGCCUGCUCUUGCCCCACCAGAGGUUGUCAUGGACCCGGCUUUGGCAGCACAAUAUGAGCAUGAUUUAGAGGUCGCGCAGACAACUGCUCUCCCGGAUGAGGAUGAUGACCUGUGAGAGAGCGAAACUGGAGCCCAGCGUCAGAAGUCUAGUUUUAUAGGCAACUGUCCUGUGAUGUCAGUGGUGCAGCGUGUUUGCCACUUUAGCUAUAUAAUAAUCUUUGGGAUGCUGAAGGAGAUGAAUGGGCUUCGGAGUGAAUGUGGCAGUUAAAAAAACCUUCAUUUUUUUUGGACCUGCAUAUUUAGCUGUUUUGGAACGCAGUUGUUUCCUUCUUGAGUUUCAAAUAUAAGACUGCUACAGUCACAUCACAAUAUUCAGUGGUGAAAUCUUGUUUGUUCCUGUCAUUCCCAUUCCUUUUCGUUUAGAACCAGAAUAAAGUUGUAUUUCAAAUAA